CAGGCCCGAGGGUAUAUAAGAGGGUGCGCAACGGCUCUAUUUGCUCCUGCGCAGACGUUGUGGCGGAGGAGGAAGCAAUAUGGCAUCCACUAGCCGUUUGGAUGUUCUUCCAAGAGUGACUUGCCCAAACCAUCCAGAUUCGAUUUUAGUAGAGGAUUAUAGAGCUGGAGACAUGAUAUGUUCAGAAUGUGGACUAGUAGUAGGUGACCGGGUCAUAGAUGUAGGAUCAGAGUGGAGAACUUUUAGCAAUGACAAAGCAACAAAAGAUCCAUCUCGAGUUGGAGACACCCAGAAUCCUCUCUUGAGCGAUGGAGAUUUGAGUACAAUGAUUGGCAAGGGCACAGGUGCAGCGAGUUUUGAUGAAUUUGGGAAUUCAAAGUAUCAGAAUCGCAGGACUAUGAGCAGCUCUGAUAGAGCAAUGAUGAAUGCUUUUAAAGAAAUUACUAAUAUGGCAGACAGGAUCAACCUCCCCAGAAAUAUAGUUGAUCGAACAAAUAAUUUAUUCAAGCAAGUGUAUGAGCAGAAGAGCCUGAAGGGAAGAAGUAAUGAUGCCAUUGCUUCUGCUUGUCUCUACAUAGCCUGUAGACAAGAGGGCGUUCCAAGAACAUUUAAAGAAAUAUGUGCAGUGUCCAGGAUUUCAAAGAAAGAAAUAGGCCGGUGUUUUAAGCUUAUUUUGAAAGCACUUGAAACCAGUGUUGAUUUGAUCACAACUGGGGAUUUCAUGUCAAGAUUUUGUUCCAAUCUGGGUCUUCCCAAGCAAGUACAAAUGGCAGCAACACACAUUGCACGUAAAGCUGUGGAACUGGAUCUGGUUCCUGGGAGGAGUCCCAUUUCUGUGGCAGCUGCAGCUAUUUAUAUGGCAUCACAAGCCUCAGCAGAGAAAAGGACACAAAAAGAGAUUGGAGAUACUGCUGGGGUUGCUGAUGUUACAAUCAGGCAGUCUUACAGACUUAUCUAUCCACGAGCUCCAGAUCUUUUCCCAGCUGACUUCAAAUUCGAUACCCCUGUGGACAAACUACCACAGCUGUAAAAUUACUAAGGUUAAGUUUAAUUUCUAAAGAACAUUUUAUGAUUUUUUGCCUAUAUGAAAGGAUGUACAAAGUGUUGAUACUGAGCCUUCAUAUUGUGGAACUGGAGAAGGAUGUGAAGAUCAAACAUAACUGCUGGAGCACAGCACACAUUCCAAGGGUAAACAAAAUCAUGUGUGGCAUUUUGUAUGUAUAUAUUAGUGAAAGUAAAUAUUUAAUGACUGUUACAACAAGCUUAAUUUCAUAUUGUACUUAUUUAGAUUUCUUUUGUAGGGAUCUAGUAAAAUGUAUUUUGGAAAAUGGAAAUGAUGUAAUUCCCAAAUAAACUGUUUUCCAAAAACAUGUA